AUGGCCUCGAUACCUUUCAAUGUCACCGAGGCCGCUGAUGCGGCUCAACCCGAUAUGGGUGGCGCCCAGUUUGCUUCGCAUACUUGGAUGGAACCAGUUAUCGUCGUCAGUAUCAUGACUGCUUCGCUUUACUUUAAUCGGAGACACAACUUUCGCAUACUCCAAUCUCGUAGAGGUCGCUCACCCGUACGCUCUCUGCUCCCCCACAACGACUCCCAGGGCUCCUCCCCUGAUGGCUUCACCGACUCCGAUUCCCUCACCGAAUCGGACGUCUUCACCUCGACCAAGCAUCCCCCCAAGAAGCGAAACUGCUGCGGCGUCAUCAUCCGGACUCCCAAUUCGUCCAGAUUCUCCGACAACUGGCACUCUCGAGUAUUGGCCAAAUUUCCCUUCCUGAUCGAGAUGUUCUACUGGGUGUUGAAUCUGCUGUUCUAUACCCUCACCAAGGCCGUGGCUCAAGUUCUGUUCUCCGCCGACGACGGUUUGUGGCAGCUGGCCCAAGAUCAUGGCGUCCUUGUUCUCGACAUCGAGCAUAAGUCCUGGCUGAGAUUUCUGUUUCCGAUCCGAGAGAACGACUUCCAGGCCUGGUUUUUGAACGGUCAUUUGACCGCCAUCACAUUUUUAAACCGCAUUUAUUCGCUUGUUCAUAUCCCCGGUACUGUUGCCUUUCUCUCGUGGUAUUACUACGCAGCCCCUACCCACUCGGCCUUCGCCACCGUGCGCCGGACGAUGACUCUGGGUAACUUUGCCGCAUUCACGAUAUUCACCUUCUUCCCCUGCAUGCCGCCCCGUCUCUUGCCCAAGGAAUUCGGCUUCCACGAUACGGUCCGCCAAGCAAACGCCGAGUCGGUCUGGGUUGGUGGCAACUAUGUCAAUCAAUUAGCUGCCAUGCCUUCACUGCAUUUCACCUACGCCUUUUGUGUCGGCAGCACCUUCCUCUACCACUCUGGUGUGUUCCGUCGCGCUCAGAGGAGUGAACCACGCAAACCAUUUUACACCCAGAUUUUGUUUCUUGUUGCCGGCAUCUGCUAUCCGUUGUUGGUCCUGACGGUGAUUGUCGCCACCGCGAAUCACUAUUGGUUGGAUGCCGUGGUCGCCAUGUGUACGACUACUCUGAGCUUCUGUUGCAAUAGAAUUUGGAUGUUCUUGUUGCCGGCUGAAGAUAUACUCUGUUGGGUUUUGAGGGUGGAUAAACCGACGCCGACGACGGGAGAUAGACUGAAGAGGAGAAAUAACGAAUAUCAGGCUGUAAAAAAUGAAGACGAGCCCUGA